GCUGCACAAUAGAAGUUGAUCCCUGGGCUGGUUUUCAGUUUAUAAUAUGCCUCUUCCCGUCUGCCCUGCCUCAUUCCCCUUCAGAUCUGAGACCACUGGAUAAAUGUAAGCAAAAAGGGAACAUUAUUUCUGACAUUUGCUUUCAACAGACGCCCCAGAUGUGCGAGGGGGACUGAACAAAUGACACAGGGGAGGAUGCGACUCGAAUCAAAAUGAAACGCAGCCUUGGUUGCUACAGGUGAAAUUUUGUUUACAUCCGGGUUGUUUCGGACGAAAACAACACACAACACGCAUAGAAGCAGCUAACCCUGUGUAGUGUAGUUGCUAAGCCGAUUUGACACUACGAUGGCAGGGGAGACAGAAGACGAGAUACCUGAAACGGGAGCAGUCUUCACCUUUGGAAAAAGCAAAUUUGCAGAUAACGUCCCCAGUAAAUUUUGGCUGAAAAAUGAUGUACCUCUGAAAAUCACCUGUGGGGAUGAGCACACAGCAUUGAUAACAGAGAAUGGCAAGCUUUUCAUGUUUGGCAGUAACAACUGGGGUCAGCUGGGUUUGGGAUCAAAGACCAUGGUGAACAAGCCCACUUGUGUGAAAGCUUUGAAGUCUGAAAAGGUGCGGCUUGCAGCCUGUGGAAGAAAUCACACUAUAGUUUACACUUCUCGGGGAAACGUGUACUCUACCGGUGGAAACAAUGAAGGUCAGCUAGGUCUGGGAGACUGUGAGGAGAGGACAGCCUUCCAAUUGGUGGACUUCUUCAGUUCACAUGGACCAAUCAAAAUGCUUGCUGCCGGCUCCAACACCUCUGCUGCCCUCACAGAGAGUGGGACGCUGUUCAUGUGGGGUGACAACACUGAGGGGCAGAUCGGCCUGGGGAAGGAGAGCAGUGCCCUGACCCCCCAGGAGGUCACUGUGGGUCGGCCAGUGGCCUGGGUGUCCUGUGGGUACUACCACUCUGCCUUCGUCACUGUUGACGGGGGCCUGUACACAUUUGGGGAGUGCGACAGCGGCAAACUGGGCCUGGCCACGGGUCAGCUCGAUGGACACCGCAUGCCCCAGCUGGUGAAGGGCAUCACAGACCAGGUGACCCAGGUGGCAUGUGGAGGCGGGCACACCGUGGCUGUGACAGAGGAGGACCUGUACACCUUUGGCCUGGGUCAGUUUGGUCAGCUGGGCCAGGGGACCUUCAUCUUUGAGGCGAGGCUGCCCAGAGCGGUGGAUCACUUCAGGAAGGGCCGAGUACGACAGGUGAUGUGUGGGGAGAACCACACUGCUGUCAUCACAGACAAUGGUCUUCUCUAUACCUUUGGGGACGGGAGACAUGGGAAGCUGGGUCUGGGAGAGGAGAACUUCACCAAUCAAUUCAAGCCCACUCUCUGUCCACGCUUCCUCAAGUACAACGUCCAAGCGGUGACAUGCGGAGGUUGCCACAUGCUGGUUCUAGCCAAGCCCAGAGACAAGAGCUGUCAGGAAGUGACUCUGGAGGAGAAUGAUGUCACAGAGGACUACAUGGAGAAGUCCUACACAGAGCUCUUAGGGGACACCCUCACCUCCACCCCUGCUAUCCUGAACAGUAGCCUCUCUGCCCGGGUCAGGAGGAGAGAGAGGGAGCGUUCCCCGGAGCAGUUUGGGCUCAUGUUCCGGACCCUGCCCCCCCUGACGUCCGGACACCUCAAUACCUCCGCACCCCUGCCCGUGUCCAGCCAGACCAUCCCCUCCAGUCUGCCCCCCAAGGAGCUAACCAACAGAAAGGUGCACAACGGCAUUCACCAACACAGGAGCACUGGGUCUAACAAGAAGGAAAAGAGGUCAGCUGAGAAGGGAAGGGAUGAGGGAGACAGCAGCACUGUGGAGAACAUGAUGGACAACGAGAGUGUUAAAGAUCUGGGAGACACCACGGACUUCCUCAACAUGACUCAUGUGAUGAAAAUGGACCCCAGUGACAAGACGUUGAUGUUGUCCCCUGUACAGAAGGAUUUAAGAGCUGAAGAGGGGGAAGGACAUAAGGAUGAAGAAGAAGAAGAAGAAGAGAAGGAGGAGAACAACAAAGCAGAGGAGAAAGAGAAAUCUGAGGACAUGGAGGGACAAUCAUUACAGGGUCAGUCCACAGCAGAACCCGUCCAGGGACCAGAGGGUGUGAAAGAAGAAACUCUCCCAGACGGUGGGCAGAAAGUUGCAGAGGACUCAGGUCAGCCCAGUCCUUUGGCUCCGACAGAGGAGAGCUCUGCAUCCAGCACUCAGCUGCAGAAUCGAACAACAGAGGAGAAACCCAAGAAUCAACCAAGGACCAACAGAAAGCUGUUGCUGUUCAAACGCCUGUCCUCCUCCAAAGCCAAGCAGACAGAGGACAGUGCGGAAGCCCCAGCAGAGGGCACCGGCAUGGGGGAGCUGCCUGCCAGUGCCAAGGGUCCCUCUGCAGGGCUGGAGAACAGAGAUCCAUCAGAGACCAGCGCUAGUGGUGCCCAGCCCCCUCUGAGAGCACCCUCGGACUCUGGUGGUAGAGGUGCCCGCUCUACCACCUGCACCCUACUGUGACGCCACUUAUUGGGUGUUGGAGAACUGGACUGGCAGCGCCAACAACCAAUAAACCCUUGAAGAGGAUGCACAUUGACUGUACACAACAAACAACCACUCCACUUUGAACACUAGCGAACUUCUCACAAAGUGACCUAUUUAUUGACAUUCAGUUCCCAAACUUCCCAUAUGCGAAACGUGUAUUAUAAAUGUGUAUUAUAAAUGUGUAUACUUGUAUUUAACGUGCGCAAAAAUGUCUUUAAUUAACCACAGUGUGUUUUGAUUGUGUUUUUAUAACGUAGUUGUGUGUGUUAAACUGUGAGGAUACACUAUUUAUUGCUGACUGAAAUAUCCCAAAUGCACAAUUGCACUUUAAAUGUAGCCUUAUUGUGUGUUUUUCAGGGAAAUAUGACAUCUGUGUGUGUUCUGAUAUGUUAUUUUCAUCGUCUCAUAAACCGUUUGAACUUGGUGCUGGUGUGACAAUCAUCUCAUGAUUUGGAUACUAGUAAAACAACUUUAUGUGAAA